GAGUUGAUGUUAAAAUGUGUGAAGGAGUCGCUGAUGUUCCCCUGUGAGACCACGUGGCGGCAGUAGCUGCUUCCGGCGCUGGAACUCGUCAUCUUCUGCGCCGGAAGAGGAAAUUCUUUCUUUUCUGUGUCAGAGUGAAGAAGAGACGCAGCUCGAACAAUGGCUCCUCGUAAAGGGAAGGAGAAGAAGGAGGAGCAGGUGAUCAGUCUUGGUCCUCAGGUCGCUGAAGGAGAGAACGUUUUUGGCGUCUGUCACAUCUUCGCCUCCUUCAACGACACCUUCGUCCACGUCACCGAUCUCUCCGGGAAGGAGACGAUCUGCCGUGUGACCGGUGGGAUGAAGGUGAAGGCUGACAGAGAUGAGUCCUCUCCGUACGCCGCCAUGUUGGCGGCUCAGGACGUCGCUCAGCGCUGCAAAGAGCUCGGAAUCACAGCACUGCACAUCAAGCUGAGGGCGACCGGCGGAAACAGGACAAAGACUCCAGGUCCUGGAGCUCAGUCUGCUCUCAGAGCGCUGGCUCGGUCCGGCAUGAAGAUCGGACGCAUCGAGGACGUCACUCCGAUCCCGUCGGACUCGACCCGGAGGAAGGGCGGACGUCGUGGUCGCCGUCUGUAGACUGCAGGAAGUUUUCUGAUAAUAAAAAGAUUAAAGUCAAA